AUGUCGUCGCCGGCGAUUACCAUUGCCACUCUCUCCUUCCUCUUCCUCUCCGUCUCUUCUUCUCUCGCUCUCGCUCAGAGCAGCAACAAGCCCCCAGCUGCUCAAUCCUUAAAUGUCGCCUCCCCCGUCGCCGCCGCCGCGGAGUUUGAGCUGGUUAACCCAAAGCUUCCGCCGCGGAGUCUCUCGCUCGCGUCGUCGAAAAAGUACGAAGGAUCUUCCGAUCUGGUACACCUCCGGUACCAUAUGGGUCCGGUACUCUCUUCCGCUCCGAUUAACAUCUACAUCAUCUGGUACGGACGGUGGAAUCGGCCGCAUAAAUCCCUAAUUAGAGAUUUCCUAAAUUCGAUCUCCGACGCUAAAGCUCCUUCUCCCUCCGUCGCCGAGUGGUGGCGCACAACUUCGCUCUACACCGAUCAAACCGGAGCCAACGUCUCUCGAUCCGUCCUAAUCGCCGGAGAAUACGCCGACGCCAAGUACUCCCACGGCCAACACCUGACGCGCCUCUCGAUCCAGCAGGUCAUCGCCAGCGCCGCGAAAUCGGCUACUUUUCCGGUGGACCACAAGAACGGGAUGUAUCUGGUGCUGACGUCACACGACGUGACGAUGCAGGACUUUUGCCGCGCCGUCUGCGGGUUCCACUACUUCACUUUCCCGUCGAUGGUUGGCUACACGAUGCCGUACGCUUGGGUUGGUCAGUCGGGGCAUCAGUGCCCGGAGGUUUGCGCUUAUCCUUUCGCAUUGCCGGGAUACAUGGGUCACGGUGGUCCCGGAAAGCUCCGGCCACCGAACGGAGAGACCGGCGUCGAUGGGAUGGUGAGUGUGAUUGGGCAUGAGCUGGCGGAAGUGGUGUCGAAUCCGCUGAUUAAUGCUUGGUACGCCGGAGAGGAUCCGACGGCGCCGACGGAGAUUGGAGAUCUCUGCGAGGGGCUCUACGGAACCGGCGGAGGAGGAGGGUAUAUUGGUCAGGUGAUGAGGGAUAGAGGAGGGAAGACGUUUAACAUGAAUGGGAAGAGAGGAAGGAAGUUUCUGGUUCAGUGGAUCUGGAACCCUAAUUUGAAAGCUUGCGUUGGUCCUAACUCCAUUGACUAG